ACGGAAAGAACCAAAUCAUAAAAAAGCAAAUCAGUCAGCUAUUAAAUGUUAAAGAGUGCAAAGUAUUUUUUAAAACAUAAAAUACGCUUUUGACCCAUCCAUAAACAUUCAUAAAUAAUUCGGAAAGCCUAAAGUGCUGUUUUUUAAACAUGACAGUAAGAGCGUCGAGCUGAUGGUUAUGUAAUCUCUGUGAAGAUUCCAGAAAUCCAACAGAAACCUUCGGAAACCAAAAGAAUUAUAGUUGACUGCAAGGGAGAAGUCAUUGCCGAAUUUAUCCGAAAACUGUAAAGAGCUCAGAUAGAGAUGGUAGUCCAAAUAAUUAUUCUGGUGAUCUGCACCAUCUGCCUGAAGCACUAUGCCAAAGGGGAGUUUCAACAAAGUCUGGCCAUAACCGACAUCCUUCCCGAGGACAUCAAGCGCUACGAUAAGAUGAGACCGCCCAAAAAGGAGGGCCAGCCCACGAUAGUCUACUUCCAUGUGACGGUGAUGGGUCUGGACUCCAUCGACGAGAAUUCGAUGACAUAUGUGGCGGAUGUGUUCUUUGCUCAGACUUGGAAAGAUCACCGCCUGCGAUUGCCGGAGAAUAUGACGCAGGAAUAUCGAUUACUGGAGGUGGACUGGCUGAAGAACAUGUGGCGGCCCGAUUCGUUCUUCAAAAACGCCAAAUCGGUGACCUUUCAAACGAUGACCAUACCAAAUCACUACAUGUGGCUGUACAAGGAUAAAACGAUACUCUAUAUGGUCAAGCUGACUUUGAAGCUAUCCUGCAUCAUGAACUUUGCCAUCUAUCCACACGACACCCAAGAGUGCAAGCUGCAAAUGGAGAGUCUCUCCCACACCACGGACGACCUAAUCUUCCAGUGGGAUCCCACCACGCCCCUCGUGGUGGACGAGAACAUAGAGCUGCCGCAGGUGGCUCUGAUUCGAAAUGAGACGGCCGACUGCACUCAGGUGUAUUCCACGGGUAACUUCACCUGUCUGGAGGUGGUCUUCACCCUGAAACGUCGCUUGGUCUACUACGUCUUCAAUACCUACAUACCCACCUGCAUGAUCGUAAUCAUGUCGUGGGUAUCCUUCUGGAUCAAACCGGAGGCGGCUCCUGCUCGGGUGACCUUGGGCGUCACCUCCCUGCUCACCUUAUCCACGCAGCACGCCAAAUCGCAGUCGUCCUUGCCACCGGUGUCCUAUUUGAAGGCGGUGGACGCCUUCAUGUCCGUCUGCACGGUGUUCGUGUUCAUGGCCCUGAUGGAGUACUGCCUGAUCAAUAUCGUCCUCAGCGACACGCCCAUUCCCAAGCCGAUGGCCUAUCCGCCCAAGCCGGUGGCCGGUGGUGAUGGGCCCAAGAAGGAGGGCGAGGGCGCUCCUCCAGGAGGCAGCAAUUCGACGGCCAACAAACAGCAGGCCACCAUGCUGCCACUGGCCGAUGAGAAAAUCGAGAAGAUUGAGAAGAUCUUUGACGAGAUGACCAAAAACAGAAGGAUUGUUACCACCACGCGACGUGUGGUGCGUCCGCCGCUGGACGCCGACGGUCCGUGGAUUCCGCGGCAGGAGUCGCGCAUAAUAUUGACCCCCACGAUUGCGCCGCCGCCACCGCCUCCACAGCCGGCGGUACCGGAACCGGAGCUACCCAAGCCCAAGCUGACCCCCGCCCAGGAGCGGCUCAAGCGGGCCAUCUACAUCGACCGCUCCUCCCGCGUCCUCUUCCCCGCCCUCUUCGCCAGCCUCAAUGGCAUCUACUGGUGUGUGUUCUACGAGUAUCUGUAAGAUCUGCAUGCGAGACCGCUCUGCCCUGUACAUACACUUUCGCUCCAUCCGAGUGUUAAACGUUGAUUGUUCGCAUAUAUCGAAACGUAUAUCGCAAAUUUACUCUUAAGCUUUCACGCACAAGCUUUAAGUCAUUGAAUUUUAAACAUAGAUGAUUGUUGAACCACAAAACUUAAAUAUGAACGGUGAAGGAACACUGGAUAAAUUACAAAUUAUCAAUUCAAUUCCUAAUGUGCUUAAAGUUAAUCAAGUGACGUAGUA